CGAACAAGUUGAGUCGGACAGAUUACUGGAUGGUUAUUUUUCCAAAAUGCUUGUUAAUUUAGAACAAUGCCUAUCUAAAGAACCAAAUAUCGAACUCCUUCAAAAAGAUAAAGCGACAAAGAGCAUCGUAGUGUCGAAGAUACCGCUUAAGACUGCAGACAAGGAUGUGUAUGGAGAUAUCAUUAUUCAUUUUCAAAAGGAAAGGAAUGGCGGAGGGGAAAUUGAAACUGUUUUCAUUCCCAAGAAAGGAACCGCAGUCAUCACCUUCGACGAUAAAAAUGUCGUUGGAAAAGUUUUGGAACAGUCUCAUACAUUCAGGGGUGAAGAAUUAAAAGUGGAGCGCCUUGUUACAGAACAUUCCCCAGUGGUGUUUCAAAAAGUUGAAGGACGUGUUAGCCUCAAUAGUUUCCAUCUUUCCAGACAGGAGGCGCAGAAUAUGCUUGAAAUACUGAGAGAUAAGGCGAAUGUAAGACCCCAAGAUUCUAUUACCGGAGAAUGUGUUCUUGCGGGGACGUUCGACCAGAUUAAGGCUACUGGUGAUGUUCUUUGCGAUAUUUUCAAAAGUAAAGAUAAAACUACUCGCCGGGGUGAUACUACUCAAAGUAAGCACAGCUUUACAGAAGCAUUUGAAAGCGAAGAUUAUUCCAGCACCAAUGAGAUCAGCUACUUUGAUGUCCAGCCACAGUUCAUGAAACUUCUUGAACAGCUUUACAAGACAGAACUUCAAGAGAUAAAAGAAAAGUAUGGCGUGCACAUGGUUUGGAAAAGUGAAUCAACUCAAGUAAAAAUAUAUCCAACAACAGCUGAACACAGUGGUAGUUACCAAGAAGGAUCCGAUGCAUUCAUUAGCCUUUACCAAGCCUUCUAUCCCAAGGUGCGUCGGAAGGUGAUCGAACUCAAAUUUCCAUAUGAUAAAAAAGUUAUCACCGAGAGCGAUAUUACCUCAAUGGAAGCUGCAAAUAAUGUGGCUAUUGAGAUGGAAGAAAACAAGGUAGUGAUCUAUGCAGAAGAGAGUGACAUUUCUGUUGCGGUAGAAUCCUUAAGGAAAACCCUUGAAUUGUCAAGAGGCAGCAGCAGAAACCCCCGCAACAAUGAGAGAAAUUCAAACCAAAACAGAAUGUCCCAGAGAAGUGGAUCCUCAACACGUGUGCUCAGCCAAGGUCUGGAAAAUGCAGUUACACUCUCUUUAUAUCAAGGUGAUAUAACCGAAGAGACCACGCACGCCAUUGUCAAUGCAGCCAACGAAUGGCUUCGCCAUGGUGGAGGUGUUGCAGCAGCGAUAGAGCGCAAAGGUGGUCGCCAGAUCGAAGAAGAGUCCAGACGAAUAAUUUCACAAAGAAACGGUCGGCCCCUAAAUGUAGGCGACGCUGUUUAUACAAAGGCUGGCACCCUUCCUUGCAGAUUUGUAAUACACACAGUUGGACCAAGGUGGAAUCAUUUUGAGAGAGGCAAGUGUGUUGCUCUUCUUCACCGCGCAUGCAUUCAAAGUCUUAACCUUGCAGCACAAUUGAGGCUCUGCUCAAUUGCACUACCGCCCAUCAGUUCCGGUAUUUUUGGCAUGCCAAAAGAUAUCUGCGCUCAAGUAAUGUUUGAAGCAGUGGAAGAAUUCAGUUCCAGCGUUCAAACCCAACUCAACACUCUUUGUGACGUUCGCAUCGUCAUUAUUGAUGACGAAACGAUCAGCUUCUUUCAUAAAGAGUUUUUGAAUCGUUACACCUCUCAAGAAACGACUCAAACAAAACAAGCGCGUGGUGAUAAAGAGGCAGAUAGUUCCUCCGACGUUAGCUCAAAUUUGGAUAAGCUGCCAUUGUCUUCAGAAAGGGGAAAAGACGAUUAUUUUAGGAGCCAUUCCAAACCAGAUGAAGAGGUCAAAUUACCUCCAAAAGUCCAAAUAAGCAUGGGCGACAGCAAUCCGCUUGAAGCUAGUUCCACUGCUAUUGAAUCUUCAGCAGAAGGUGAUCAAAGCAAAUUACUUACUCCAACUGGAGUUGAAUCAUCAAACGUGGAAAGUAGAGCGGAUGGCAUACACAGCGAAAAAGACUCAAACGCUCCUCUCACAACGAAGAUUUCUAAAGAUACAAGCACGAAACCAUCAUUCGGAAGAGGGAGAGGCCAUAUUGCGCCAUUGCUGCCAUUGUCUUCAGAGAGGCGAGAAGAAGAUCAUUUAAAGAGCCAUUCCAAAUCAGACGAAGAGGUCAAAUUACCCCCAAAAGUCCAAUCAGGCAUGGGCGACAGCAAUCCGCUUAAACAUAGUUCCACUGCUGUUGAAUCUUCAGAAGAAGAUGUCCAAAGCAAAUUACUUACUCCAACUGAAGUUGAAUCAUCAAAAGUGGAAAGUAGAGCGAAUGGCAUACACAGCGAAAAAGGCUCAAACGGUCCUCUCACAACGAAGAUUUCUAAAGAUACACGCAGCAAACCAUCAUUAGGAAGAGGGAGAGGCUGUCUCGCGCCUUCUUUUUCCAAGACACUUGGUAAGGGAGAGGAACUUAACUCGAAAGCAGAUACCCGGUUGAUCCCAGGACAUGAUAUUGUAAGAAUAGGAAGAGGUAUCACCUAUGAUAGUAGCACACUGCCGCCCGGUCUUACCAUGCCAGAAGAAGGCAGACGUCUUGCCCAAACAUACUCUUCUGAACCAGUCAGCGAGGCUUUAUCAAAAGACAUGAAAACCGUAUCACAGACAAUCGAGUCCGAAAAUCAAAUGUCACCAAAAGAAAAACAAGAACCAACGCGUACCAGUCCAGAGGAGAAAGUCAAGACCAAAGAAGAAUCACCUGAAGGACGCGUGAACCCGAACCAAGAAAAAGGCUCUGCUUCUAAAAUGAUAUCUGACGAUAACAUUCCAGACCCAAAUGAGAAUAGCAACAGAUCGAACGACAAGUCUUUAACCGGUAGUGAACGACCCGGAAAAGCUAAGAAUACAGACAGCUAUAAACCUGAAGAUGAUUACCACGAAACAGAAAUGGAAGUGGAGGUCGACGACGGUGAACGACCCGGAAAAGCUGAGACUACAGACAACUAUAAACCUGAGGAUGACCAGCACGACACAAAAAUGGAAGUGGAGGACGACCAAUCAUUUAAUGACGAAGGACCAUGUGACAUAGCCUCACGUCAAGACGCAAUGAAAUCUGACCAAUCGUCAAACAUAGGUGGUGCACGAGAAGUACAAGAAAGACCAGUCAUUGAGGGCCCUAAUAAUCGAGAAGCUGGAAGACAACCUAACGUAGAUGAAGUACCACCUCAAACGAGCGAUCGAGGCUGCACCAUGCGCCCAAAUCAUCAUGAAGAUCUCGUUGAUGGAUUACCUUGUGGCCACCACUACUGUAAGCCCUGUUUUAGCUACUAUGUUGAGAAGUCAGAUGCUUGUCCACAAUACAGGCAGUUCAGAGGAAACCAGCCUGUUGGGUACAUGACUAGGCGGACUGAAUCGCAUAAUUCGCUGGAGGGUUACGAAGCAUGUGGAACUAUUGUCCUAACAUUCAACUUUAAUGGGGGGAUUCAAGUUUCAGAGCACCCGAAUCCUGGAGAGCGUUAUGGGGAAUGUUUUUGCUCGGCCUUUCUUCCCGACAACCCAUCUGGAAGAGUGGUGUGCGACCUGCUGAGAAGAGCAUUUGAUGGAAGAUUGAUAUUUACGAUCGGAAAGGAUAGUGCUACUGGCGAGAGUAAUAGAAUUGUCUGCAAUGGUAUCGAACUAAAAACGGCGCGAACCGGCGGACCAACUCAGUUCGGCUAUCCAGAUUUCAGUUACCUUGAUCGCGUUAUAAAACAACUUGCUGACAAGGGAAUUACAACACUACAUGAAUAAAAGUUUGCUUAAUUUAUGGGACAUCCUGGAAAAGACUAUAACGUGCUCUAAGUCGUUCUAAACUUAAUUCAAUAUGAUUUAAAUUGUAGAUGAGAAAACAUUUUUUCCUACCGCAUCGAAUCAUGUUUCAUGCUAGGGUUAGACAAAUAAUUUCUCUUGUCUGACAGAAAUUAAAGGUGACAAAAACAUGAAAAAAGAUUUCACGAACUAUGUAUUGAUACAAAUUUGUGCCGUUCCAAGGGAACCUCUUCAGUAAUGAAAAACAUAUGCAGAUGUUCAAAUGUCGUUAUACCAUUUUCUAGUUUGUGUCAGCUUAUAAGGGGUUUUUCAGUAUUCUUUUUCAAAAGUUAUUCUGUAUUUCAGCGCCUGUACAUUAAACUCAUUGUGUGAUUGUCAAUAUGUGCGCCUCAGUUAAAAUAAUUUUUCCUGUUCCCUCUCCAAAUUCAGAUAGUAGACUUAAAUACUUAUGAACGUGAGCAGCGAAAGUACGUAUAUUUCAGCUCACUUAGCUUUUUCACAGACGGAUUCCUCAGUCUGUUGCCAAUUUUUGGCGGACGUAUAAUGCUGGCAAAGAAAGCUUGUUUAGAUAUUUUUAUCACAGUUUUGUGUAGUUUAAACUAAACUGAAAUAAACGUUGAUUUGGUACUUGAAGUCA